CUGAAACAAUGUACCUGCAAUCAUCAGUUGUCUGUCGAAUACACAACAGUACCGAAUUCCAUCAGGAUAUCAAGUCUUCAAGCAACACAGCGUUAAGAUGGCAAUUAAGACGAUAGUGUUGGCCGCCCUGUUCGGACAGUUGGUGUUCGGCUACCCACCAGAGUACCACGAAGAGCAUCACGCACCCGCCCCGUAUCACUUCGAGUACGGCGUGAAGGACCCAUACACGCACGACGUGAAGAGCCAACACGAGGUGAGCGACGGACACGGCAACGUCAAGGGAUCGUACAGCCUGCUCGAGGCUGACGGGUCUACGCGUGUGGUCGAGUACACGGCCGACGAUCACAACGGAUUCAACGCUGAGGUCAAGAAAAUCGAAGGACCAGGAUACAAAGCCUCAUACAGCGCACCAGCCUACAAAGCCGCCUACCCUGCUUACCCUGCCACAGCUUACGCAGCUCCGGUUUACAAACCAUAUUAAAUUGUUUCACCUCAUAUCCCCUUCCCGUCCAUCAUUCAAGCGCUUCACCGUUUUGCCUGAAUGCGAAACGCAUUUGUUCAAUAGUAUCGAUUUUCCUACUGUUUCAGCAUUUUAAUAAUCUAUUUAUUUUAUAAAUAAAUAUUUUAUUUCUCAAUGUAAA